AUGGCAACAACAAUAACAACAGCGCCCUUGAAAAUAAUAUCGGGCGGUCAAACAGGAGCCGAUUUGGCUGCCUUGAUCGCUGCCAAGGCGGUUGGGCUCGAGACGGGAGGAACUGCCUCAGAGGGCUUCCAGACCGAAAUGGGAGCGAACGUGGACCUCCGACGAGUCUAUGGCCUCACCGCCGAGGGAUCGUACAAAGCACGCACCAAAAAGAAUGUCGAUGAUGCCGAUGCCACCAUAGUGUUAUUGGUCCACGAGGGCAAGGGCGGGGCGGCCAAAACAAUUGGUUGGGCCAGCAACCAACGUUGGGAAUGUCAGCUUCAUUCGAAACUCCACGGAGGGUAUCGCCCUGUGAUGGUUCUAAAGGCUGAUGACCUGGAGGAGGAACAUUUGGAAGAAUCUGCCAUGAAGAUUGUCCAAUUCGUGCGGCUGACGGGCACUCGAGUGCUCAACGUGGCUGGACACCGCCAGUCAACGGCCUUCAUGCCCGAGUUCUUCCUCGAUGGACCACCCUAUGAUUAUCAAAAACGCUGUGUGGACCUUCUUACAUUAGCGUUUGCCUCGGUGGUUCGUCAAGCAACGACAUAG